CUGUAGGCAGAGGGAUGGAGAGAGGAGGAACACAUGAUGAGACUGUCAGAGUGAUUUUCUAUUCAGCCAGAGCCACCAAAUCAGGGCACAGUGCUCAUGUGAUUGGAGGAGCAGCGCACUGAACAGCAAGUAAUCGCGUCCUAGUGGGAGAAGAUUGGGACUGCUCCGUGCACUGACAGCCUGCCCAUUGCAGAUGAUCGGACAUCACACAUCAGGGCAGGCAUGCAGCAGCUGGGGGUGCUGGACAGCAGUGCAUGAAGAGUGCCCAGGACCCCCCUGAGACCCUGGCAGGACAUCUGAUGGAUGUAUCUCUCCUGUAGGAGAUACCAGCCUGACACCCACAUUGCCUGGCAGCUCUUUGAGUUGGCAGUGCCCAAACCAGAGGCGUGUCUGAGUUUUGCCAGCAGGAAUGUGACAGAGAGAAGAAGAAGAGGCAUCUAUCACCAGGACAAUGCCACCUCUCUGACGCCUCUAGUAGCUGUACCCCUCACCAGUGCCCACAGCACCCCAUUCCUUCCUGACAAGAUGGGCACAGAGUCCUGCAUUGCCCUGUGACUGGGCACCACCUGCAGCAGCAGCACUGAGGACUCCUCCAAGUUGAUGCCAACUCCUUCCAGGAAGUUUUUCAAUGGAUUGCUGGCACCGUUCUCUCAGGCUCUGCAGGAUUUAAUCGCGCUCUAGGAUUCCCAAUUUAUACAACGACCGAGGUGUAAAUGGUAACUAGGAUAUAGACAUCUAGAGGUUGACCUAAGACGCAACCAUGAAUAACACCAGCUUUGCCAACGUGUCCACAGACAACAGGACCAUGAUGGGGAGCCCUUACAAAACAGUAGAGGUGGUAUUCAUUGUCAUUGUGGCUGGUUCACUGAGCCUGGUGACUGUUAUUGGAAACAUCCUGGUCAUGGUCUCUAUUAAAGUCAACCGACACUUACAGACAGUCAACAACUACUUCCUGUUCAGCUUAGCAUGUGCUGAUUUAAUUAUUGGGGUCUUUUCCAUGAACCUUUACACAUUGUACACUGUGAUAGGUUACUGGCCAAUAGGACCAGUGGUGUGUGAUCUCUGGUUGGCUCUGGACUAUGUUGUCAGCAAUGCCUCAGUAAUGAACCUCCUCAUCAUCAGCUUUGACCGGUAUUUCUGCGUCACAAAACCACUGACAUAUCCAGUGAGGCGAACCACCAAAAUGGCUGGAAUGAUGAUUGCUGCAGCGUGGGUGCUGUCCUUUAUCCUUUGGGCCCCUGCUAUACUCUUCUGGCAGUUCAUUGUUGGUGGAAGAACUGUCCCAGAUGGAGAAUGUUAUAUCCAGUUCUUCUCAAAUGCAGCAGUUACAUUUGGCACGGCCAUUGCAGCAUUUUAUUUGCCAGUCAUCAUUAUGACUGUAUUGUACUGGCAAAUAUCUCGGGCCAGCAAGAGUAGAAUAAAGAAAAGGGAACCGACCCCUAAUCAAGAUCCAAUUUCACCCAGCAAUGUUCAAGGUAAAAUAGUGAAACCAAACAAUAACAAUCUUUCAGCUAUGGAAGAUGGUCUAGAUCACAGCAAAAUCCAAAAUGGAAAAGCCUCUAGAAAUUCUGUAACAGAAAAUUGUGUCCAAACAGAAGGAGAAGAGAAAGAGAUCUCUAACGACUCAACUUCUGUAAGCGUAGUAGGCUCAAAUGCAAAAGAAGAUGGACUUUCCAAAGAUGCUCCUCAAGCUUCAGGAUCUCAAACUCUUCCAAAAGUUGAAAACUCCAAGAUGACCUGUAUACGAAUAGUUACAAAAUCAGAAAAAGGUGACUGUGGAUCUACAAGUGGUACCACAGUGGAAAUUGUCCCAGGAUCCAAUGGUCAGAAUGGAGAAGACAAGCAAAAGGUUGUGGCCCGAAAAAUUGUAAAGAUGACAAAGCAACCAGCCAAAAAGAAAAUUCCACCAUCCAGGGAAAAGAAAGUGACGAGGACUAUCUUGGCUAUUCUAUUAGCUUUCAUCAUAACCUGGACACCUUACAAUGUAAUGGUUCUAAUCAACACGUUUUGUGAUGUGUGUAUACCUAACACAGUGUGGACAAUUGGCUAUUGGCUUUGCUAUAUCAACAGUACGAUCAAUCCUGCUUGCUAUGCGCUCUGCAAUACUACUUUUAAAAAGACUUUCAAGCACCUACUAAUGUGUCAGUACAAAAACAUAGGUUCAGCAAGGUAAAAGAAGACAAAACAUGGGGCGGAACUGCCAUUAAAAUACUACGCCAUAGCACUUUACAAUCGAUUAUGGAAUGUGCAAUCUAGCAACCUUAUUCUGACACAGACCUGUGGAACCUUUCCACCAUCUGCACUUAUAACUAUAAAAUAUAUAAACAAGGAAUUGCAUCUCUUGGAUAGAGUAAAAUAUAUGUAGACGGACCUGGCCGCUGCUCUUCGACUUAUAAAAAAAAGAUACACAAAAAAAAAACUUCAAAGGGCUUUUUAAGGUCCACUUAUUUUCAAUGUCUGUAAAAUGACCAUACAUAUUUUUAUGUGUUUCGAUGUCUACAGGACACAAAUUCUAUUGACUCAAAGUUCAGAAUAUCGACUCACUAGAUGGAACAAAUUAAAAAUGACUUUAUAAGGCUUUUGUUUUCAGAGAUAGACAAAAAAAAAUCAACUCAUCCUAUGACUUUUUUGUGAUAUGUUCGUCCGAGACAUCGGGAAUACUGACAAACCUCAAUUUUUUCACAAUUUUCACCUUUAUCCUAAUGUUAAAAAAAUGGCUCUUCUGUGCCUCCGUGUUUCUAGUGACUGUAUCAAAAUAUAACUCAAGUUUAGCCCUUGUGAUAAGGGGGGCUAUGUUAGAGCUUCCUUGAAAAUAACUAGCCAAGCAAAUAAUAACUAUAUAUAAGUCGUUUUUGUGUAUAUUGGCACAGAAAGGCAAGCUUCAGCUCUUUAGCUGUGACAGAACUUCAUUUCCCAUCUAUUUAGUCUAGAAUUUUUAGCAAUUUGGGAGAUGAUGUUCAGUGACAGCUAGCAUGCAGAAGGUGUAUUGUCCGCUCAUUCAUCUUUGAAGGUUGGUACUAUAUUGAUACUUUCUAGUGUGAGAUAUCCUAUCCUCAUCCAUACUUAAUGAAAUUGCCAACAACUGCUUAUUAUUGGUCCAUUACAUUACAUGUGUACCCCAGUCUGGCAAAUUCCAAGCUGGCCAAUAUUGUUUCAUUAAAGGAAAAAGAGUUAUUGUUGGCCAGCUGCUGUCCAGUCAAGCAUAGGAAUAUCAGUUAAAAGAUAAAACAGUGCAUUAAUCGGACUUUUGAAACAUACAUAUCUUUGCCAUUACUGUAUUACUCGACCCAUUGCAUCUUAUAACCAGUGAUAUGAAAGUGUUAUUUACCUUUUUAUUUUCUGCUUCAGAUUUGUUUGGAAGGAAAAACAUUCAAUAAAGGGUGCAUUAUCCCUUCUGAGGAAAGUGAAAGUUCUGGCAUCCAUACUAUGGCUGCAUAUACAAUGAGCAAGCCAUUUUGUGAGCUAUCAAAUAGCCUAAAGUAUAUCUAAACCCAAAACCAAAUAUGUAAUACAUUGCAGUUUACUAAUCCCUGGUACAGCAGCUGCAUUUGUUUAGUUUUAAGCUUAUUUUGCUUUAUUUUCACCUACCGUGUUUCCCCGAAAAUAAGCCUGGGUCUUAUA